CUUCUUCUUCUUCUUCUUCUGAUUUGAGGAAACUGAUUCGGGUGUUGAUCUUCGGAGUGCUUCUUGGUUACGCAAUGAUGUGGGUUCUGCUGCCCACCAACACUUACAAACACAAAUGGCUUCCCAAGCUCAAAUCCCGCUUCUCCUCCAACUACUUUGGCAAACAAGGGGUGAUGAUGCUGAUAUUCACGUUCCCGCCACUGCUGGUCGCCGUUCUGAGCUGCGUCUAUCUCCACCUCGCCGCCAAGCUAAAACCUACAGCGAAAAAGAGCGACGACGAGGAGAAAGAGACACGUGUGCUGGCCACGUGGCGGAAGCCCAUGCUGGUGAAAGGCCCAUUGGGGAUCGUGACGGGGAUCGAGCUGGCCUUUCUCGUCAUGUUCGUGGUGCUCCUCUUCUGGUCGCUCUUCACUUACUUCAGCUCCAGCUUCAAGUCCAUCGACGCCACCGAUCCGGCCUUCCUCGGCGGCCUCAAAAAGUGGCAGUUGAAGCUGGACCUGGGUGGGCUGUGGCUUGGGCUGGUGGGGAACAUAUGCCUGACGCUCCUCUUCUUCCCGGUGGCGCGUGGGUCGGCGGUGCUGCAAUUCUUCGGCCUGACGUCGGAAGGGAGCAUUAAGUAUCAUAUUUGGCUCGGACACGCCGUCAUGACGUUCUUCACCGCUCAUGGCAUCUGCUACAUCGUCUACUGGGCUCUCAUGGGCCAGAUGUCUCAGCAGAUGCUGAAAUGGAGCAGAAGCGAGAUAUCCAACGUGGCGGGGGAGAUCUCGCUUCUGGCCGGGCUCGGGCUGUGGGCCACCACAUUCCCCCGCAUAAGGCGGAAGAUGUUCGAGCUCUUCUUCUACACACACUACCUCUACAUCGUCUUCGUCGUCUUCUUCGUCUUCCACGUCGGAUUCACCUACGCCUGCUACAUGCUCCCGGGGUUCUACCUCUUCCUCGUCGACCGCUACCUCCGCUUCCUCCAGUCCCGCCGCCACGUCCGCCUGCUCUCCGCCCGCAUCCUGCCCGCCGCCGGCCAGACCCUGGAGCUCAGCUUCUCCAAGUCCCCGGGGCUGAAGUACAGCCCGACGAGCGUGCUGUUUCUGAACGUGCCGGGGAUAUCGAAGCUGCAGUGGCACCCGUUCACCGUCACAUCCAACAGCAGCCUGGAGACGGACGAGCUGAGCGUUGUGAUCAAAGGGGAAGGGAAGUGGACGAAGAAGCUGUACGAGAUGGUUUCUUCUUCAGCGGCGGCGGAUCAUCACUUUGAUGUGUCUGUUGAAGGUCCUUAUGGCCCUGCUUCCACUGAUUUUCUCAGGCACGAGACACUGGUGAUGAUAAGUGGAGGCAGCGGGAUCGCCCCAUUCAUCUCCAUAAUCCGAGACCUCAUCUUCACAUCCUCCCACCUCCAACUCAAAACCCCACGCCUCAUCCUCAUCUCCUCCUUCAAAACCACCGCCGACCUCGCAAUGCUCCACCUCCUCCUCCCCAUCACCGCCGCCUCCUCCGCCGCCACCGCCAACCUCCGCCUCACCAUCGAAGCCUACAUCACCCGAGAGAAACAGGCGGCGGCAACCUCCCCCUUCCACAACAACAACGUUCGAACCAAGUGGUUCAAGCCUUCCCCGACCCACGCGCCCAUCUCCCCGAUCCUGGGCCCCACCGCCAGCUGGCUCUGGCUCGCCGCCGUCGUCUCCUCCUCCUUCCUCGCGUUCCUCGUCAUCAUCGGGAUCCUCACGGGCUACUACAUCUACCCGGAAGGAAAGAAGUCCGGGGAAUUAGGGUUUCCCAUGGCGUUGACCGCUUUCCUCUACAUGCUCGUGUUGUGCGCGUGUGUAGCUGCGGCGAGCAGCGGUGCGUUCCUCUGGAACAAGAGGAAGAGCGGGAGGGAUCAGACCAUCCAGAUAAGGAACGUGGAAGGCGCCACCCCGACCGCCGGCGGUUCUCCGGUCGGCGGUGGUGCUGUCUAUGAGAUGACGGAGGAGUUGGAGAGUCUUCCUUUGCGGACUAUUGAGGAGGCCACGAACUUGCACUACGGGGUCAGACCUAACUUGAGGAAAUUGUUGGUGGAAUAUUGUACGGAAGGAGGGAGCACGGGGGUGAUGGUGAGCGGGCCGGCGGGGCUGAGGCAUGAGGCUGCUGCGAUAUGUUCGAGCGGAUUGGCCGACGACAGUUUGCAGUUCGAGUCCAUUAGUUUUAGCUGGUGAAAAACGUGCGUAGAAUAGAUACUGAUGAUACAGGCAUUGUCAAAAAGGUUUCAAACUAAAUGGAUGUCUAGCUACUUUUCCUAGCUAGUAAUGUGUGUGAACAAGAGAGCUAUAUAUAGCCACGAGUGGAUGUGAUUUAGUUCAUAAUAACGAGAAUGGAAAUGUGUUUGUAAUACUUUUGUGUGUGUGUUUUUGUCCCCUUACCACACGUUGUGUAUGUUGUACUAUGAAUAAUAAUCAAUGUCGUGUUACACGAUCUGUCCAAAUCCUUCAAUGUCGG